CGCCAACAACACCCCUGACUCCGACACCACAAAAACAGAGCAAAGAAUUUUGUCCCCCACCACAACGACCCCUACUACGACGCGAGCACCGCGACCCUGACAAACGCGAAGGGAGACCAACGGUGUGUCGAAGGCGGACGAAGGACCUGACCAACGACAUCAUCCCCCGCCGCCAAAAUCCCAAAACACCGCCACGGUUGCCGCUGAAGUGAGGCAGCGAGCCAAACACCGACCAAACACUUUCCCCAGCAGCAGCAGCAGUUCUUUGGUUGUUGGUGCUGGCGCUGCACGCGCGCUCGCACUCGCCAGACCGCUUGCCCUUGGCGUGCGUGCGUGUGGUCUUCCCACACGCCAGCGGAAAGGGGGAAAAAAACAAAUCACACACACACACACACAACCGCACACAACCACACCCCAACCACCAGACCAACAUCGCUGACAUACCAACGCAGCACUUGCAUGCGAGCGAAGGCAGCUUUGUCAUUCAUCCAACCACCCCUCAAAGCCUCGCCACCCCCGCCUACAUACACAUUCUUUCGCAUUCACUCGCGCACUCCAGCCAGACAGACGACUCACCAGCCAGCACUUGCACCGACGAAGCGCUCGCGUCAGACCACAACGACCCAGCCACAGCACGAGGACUGAACCACACGAACAACCCACAACAACAAGUAGCAAAAACUUGGGACCCACUUUGUCACCGCAUCACCGACUCCCGCACGCAGCACAACCGUCACAACAGCAGCAGCAGCAGCAGAUACAACAAGCAGCCCGCUCACACUCAGACAGCUCACCACACCAGCCAACCAGCCAAGCCCUACGCUUAUCCGCUUUGUUCAGGUUGCUUCUGCAUCCAUUGGCGACCCUUUCGCUUCCCACCCCACCCUCCGUCUUUUCUCUCUACUCGACUGACCGGCUUGUGCCAUCGCCCCCUCACCUCGGGGAGUCAAAACCGCCACCACGAACUCCAUCAACGGAAUGUCGAACAACGUGACUGCCGAAGACGGCGAUGGCGUAUGGUCCGCCGAUAUCGAGGAGGCGUUUGAGGAGGCCCUCAAGAUCUACCCGCCAUGUGGCCGCCGCAAGAUCAUCCUGUCCGAAGAGGGCAAGAUGUAUGGUCGUAACGAGCUCAUCGCCAGGUACAUCAAGAUGAAGACGGGCAAAGUCAGGUCAAGAAAACAAGUCUCCAGCCACAUUCAAGUGCUUGCCCGCAAGAAGCAACGCGAGUUGCAGAGCCAACUCAAGGCCAACCCUCAAGCAGCAGAAAAGCUGGCUGAAACACUCAAGGGCCUCUCCUCGGCCGAGAUUGUGAGCAGCACCCUCGCUGGCAAUGCCCCCAUCCGCCAAGACCGGUCGAUGACGUAUGGUGGCACGCCGUCGAAGCGCGAGGCGCAGUUUAAUACCGGCGCUUCACCCGCAUCGCACGUCAUGUUCCCAGACGCCUUCCACCAACAGCAACAGCAGCAGCAGCCAAGCACUCCACAGCAGCAACAGCACCAGCAACACAUGCCAAGCCCCAUAGCCCCGCAGACAAUGUCCCCCUCCCGGCUUGCACAGCACAUUACAUACAACGGCAUUGCGCGGUUGCGCCUGGCACUGGAUUACUUCUCCGCUGGCAUCACAUACCCAUUCCACCAAGGUGUGCACAAGUUCUUUGAGCUCUCUGGCUCCUACCACUUUGCAGACCCAAGUAUGGAGUGCAUCGACCUCUACCAAAUUGCAGACAAGUUCCCCCAGCUUGAGGAGCUGUAUCGCGCUGGUCCCAAGGAGGCCUUCUUCCUUGUCAAAGUGUGGGCUGACCUCAACUACGACGCCGAGCAGACCACGCAGAUUGCACACGAGGACGACAACGGAAACAUCAACCCACAACCCUCUGACGCAAUCUUCAACCUUGCCACGCGCUUUGAGAGCCUGGAGCGCAUGCCUGUCGAGUGCAGAACAAGCGCAAUCUCGCUUGGAAACGUGGCGGCGGAGAAGAUUCAAGUGACGGAGCCGCGCUAUGAGGGCGGGCGCUUCCUCUACGACCUCACCUCAGGCACCAUGUGCGAAUACAUGACCCAGUUCAUCUCGCACCUCCACGGCGUCAAUGGUGUGGACGUCAUCAAUCUCGUCCUCGAAAACUUUGCUGUCAUGCAGGUGGUGCGCAGUCAGACGACGGGGGAGGUGCUGUUCAGCAUGGCGUGUCUCUUUGAGGCCGUACCGCCUGGUACGCCAACAGGCGUCCACGUGUACAAGCUGCUCGACAUGCGCGAAGAACUCGUGCUUCGACGCAACACCGCAUGAGUCUUGGACACUCUCUUAUCCUCCUUGCUGACAUUGCUUGCCCUUGCUUCUGCUUCUGACUCGCCCUCCCCCCCCCCCUCUUCUUGCGUGCCCAAACUUCCUUUCUUCCCCCCCCCCCCUCUUCUUCUACCUCUUCU